AUAGAGAGAAAGAAAGAAAACUAGAUUUUUGGUUCUGUUUGUUCUGUUUUCUCAACAUUAUUAAAACUGGCCUUCAUUGAGAGCUUUUUAUUUUCCUUUAUUGCUUUUUUUAAAGUCUUGUAUUUUCUUCAAACAGUAACAUUUUCUUUGCCAUAGAAAAACAGCCCAGUUUUAAGUGACGUGCCGGAGGUAGAGGUCUGUGGGGGAUGUGGUCUUGUUGAGGACUUUCGUACGUCCUAUUUAAGCUCUGUAGCUUUGUAGCAAAGCAUAUCACAUUGAAAGGGGAGACCAGUGUUUGAUCAAGUGCUGUGUGGGACUCGCCUUCUUUUCCUUUCACAAAAAUAUAUUUCACUUUUUGUGCUAAAAGAAGACAAACUUUAUUAAUUUUUUGGCUUUACAAGUGAAGAUCUUUUCAAACCAGGAUAAUUACUCAGCACCAGCAAAGCCUCUGACAGUGGAAACCAAAUUAGAUUAGAUAGUGUGAAAUACAUAAUACAAAGAUGAACAGUGUGGCAGAUUGGGUCGUGCAGAACAGGGACAAGAUCGAGAAAGGUGUGGAGAUCAUGGGGCAAGCCGCUGAGGUGCUCGCUGCCACUGUGGGCCAGCUUCACCCCAUCUUAGAGGCUGUGUUCAUGGCCUCAUCCGAGAUACUCAGCAACCCGGACAGCAAAGAGGCUCGCUACCUGACUGAGCAGUUUGAACUGGUCAACCGGCAACUUGAAGGCGUCCAAGAUGAGAUUGAUAAAAUUGCCCUGGAGCUGCAGAAGACGUCAAUGAACAAGCAAAACUUCGAUCGAGAGGCGCAGAUGCUCAGCCAGUACGAAAAGUUCCAGGACUUUGUCAACGCCAAACCAAAGUUCAAAGAGAAGAAGAUGGAGAAGUUCCUCAGCCAUUACGAGAACACCGAUGCCGACUUGAACCUGGACGCCCUCUACAAUGCUGUCAUUGGGGAGAGCACCUCAGGAGACCCAAUACUGGAAACGGUUGUGACCACAGAGCAGAGAAGCAGAAGGGCAGUUGAGGAUUUCUGUGCGCGGCUGAAGAAGCUUUUUGUGGUGGGCAUUAUCGCCGUCAUGGGCUAUUCCGCCCUCAAGAAAGGGGUGGUCGGGGAGGAGAUGGUGAAGAAGUGGCAGGGACGGAUGGAGGAUGUGGAGACAAAAAUGAAAGCGGCUGUGGAUGACUGUACAGAGAACUUUGCCGAUCAAGCCAAGCUGGACAUGGAGCUCCAGCUUCAGAAGAAUCCCGGCACUGUCAACCAGGACUUCACCAAAUCCCUUCUGGAUUCACUUGUUAAGAAAUACGACUGGGUGAACUGGUCAAUCAGGGCCUUCAACAACAGCGAGCGCAUUUUCUUUUUCAACUGGCUGGCAGGAAAGAAGUGCCACGGAAGUGGAGGAACGAACUGGUUUGACAUUUUGACCAACAGCGAGAUCAAAGUGGUGGUCUCUUUCUGUGUCGACCCCAAGCCCAUUAACAAGAUUCAGAUCCAGGAGCAGAUUGAGAGUCAGAAGAUGACGGGGAACAUGAUGGCAGUGGCUCAGGCGUUGAACAAGAGCUUCCCCAACUGCCUGGUCCAUGCUGUCAGCCAUUACAAGGAGGUGGUGCAGUCCAACAACUUCCAUGAGGAUUGUUACUACUAUGGAAAACAAAAGAGAGCCUACAUGUGUAUCCACUCCGAGUAGGCUCACAGAGAAACAUAAAGUGAGCUCCACAUAAAUUCAUGAAUGUCUUUACCAGAGACCUGGAAAUAUUUCCAUUAAAUGUAGAAAUGUAUUCAUAAAUAUUGUCUGUGUCGAUGCAUAAUCUGCUCUGUCUGGUUUCAGGAAUGUGAUUCAUUGUCCUACUUGUAGUGAUUUUUAUUAUUUUACAUAUGUAUCUUUCAUCUGAUGAUGAUACAGCAGCUUCAGGCCAGCUUCGACUUAGUGUUAUGAAACUUGAUUCUGUCUCCAUUGGAUAUUACGAGGGUUGGACAAUAAGUCAAUUGUCUGCUUCAGGAAACUUUGCCAUACGUUUAUUCCCUUUAAUCCCUUUAGGGUCGUGGACCAUUGUGGGCAAUGUUGUAAAUCAAUGAACAGGACUACUUUAUGGUGUUAUUCGAUGUUUAUGUGAUUUUCUUUUGCAUUAAUGUGAUGCAGUGCCCAGAUGUGUCUGUUUGGGUUAUUUUAAGCUUCACAGUUCAUAAUUGGCCUUUCAAAGCUGUAGAACAAACGAGUAAGUGGACCUUGAGUUGGGAUUUUUUUGCCAACUGCAGCUUCUGAUGUCAAAAAUUAUCUGUCAAGCCCAAAACCCUCACUCACUGUCGCUGUCUUGCCAAGAGUAAGAUAAGAAGAUCGAUAGCACUCUAGUCCGUUUGUAAAAUAUGAAGCUUCAGCCAGGAAACAGUUACCUUAAAUUAGCAUAAAGACUUGAAACAGGAAUUGUAAAAAUGUCAAAGUACACUUUGUUUGCUUGUACAGAUUAAACAAACGAGAUAUAACCUUUGGACAGAGCCAUGCUAGCAGCUUUAAGACUUUGUGCUAAGCUAAGCUAACCGUCUCCUGGAUGAGGCUUCAUAUUUAACAUACAGACAUGAUAGUAGCAUCAAUCUUCUCAUCUAACUCUGUGAUAUAGUCAAAAGUAUUUGGACCUUUUAAUCUAGUUUCUCAAUUGAUUUUCAUGAACAUUUUACCACAUAGGCAUAAACUAUAUAUCACAAAGAAAUAAAUGACAUGUACUGUGGUAGCAGAUUAUAUCGAUAUCGUCCAUUCCUAGAUAUAAAUGUGUACAACACAAAAUCUAUUCUUGCUGCUUUUUGUGCAAUAUAUUGCUGCAGGGACAAAGUCCUUAUUCCACAAUCACGUAAUCAAAAAUACUUAUGUGUAUUUUACUUCAAUUUGUAAUAAACAAAAAGAUAUGAA